AUGGAGGAAAAGAACCCCCUCUCGCAGAAGCUGACGAGCGUGCAAGUCAACGUGGAGGGCUUGAAAAAGCUAAAAGGAGAAAAACUUAACUUCCUCUUCGAAGAUAUAAGGAAAAGUGCAACCUUGGAGGAUCUCUUCCUUCACAUUAACAAGUGCAACGAAAAAAUACAUCGGCUAAAUAUCUUCGCUGAUGUUCCGGUAAUAAAUCUAAGGAGCAUCACGGAUACACAAGUCGAGGUGAAGUAUGCCUUCCGCGAACAAACAAACAACUACGCCAUAGGCACUAAUGUAAAUAACCGCGGAGAAGUAGCAGCCGACAUAGAAAUGAAUGUUCCGUAUCUUCUCAACACCAUAAAUACUUUUCAGCUCAAAGCUAAUAUAAGUAGCUUAUACACAAACAACUUUGGUCUCCGUUUUGUUUUCCCUCACCUAACAAAUCUAGCUAAUGUUAACGUAAUUUUAGAGGGAAAUAUCAGCAGCGUAAGUAACACUCAAGAUGGAUCCUACUUGGUAAAAAGCAACGCGCUGAAAACUUCUCUCGUGGGAGAAAGACACACCCUCAUUUGGGAUGUAAAUUUCAACACCCUUUUUCAACGCAUAAGCAAAAACUACAUUCCAUCUGAAACGAUGUUAAAGUUGCCAGACAGAUAUAUCAAACAUACACUACGCCAUUUGUAUAAGCGGGACAGACUAUGUUACGGCUGGACUAAGGAAUCAGUGCACCAGGAGGGUCAUUCCCUUGAAGAGGUACCACAUGGAAACACCAAUGCAGGUAGUAGCAACCCAUCCGAACUUGUAGAACACACGAACUACCCCACGUCAGGCUACCUCUACCAAAUGGAUAGUGAACUCUCUUUACCCUUCUGUGAAGCGAAAUUUGUUAAAAACCACUUCCACUACCUCUUUGUGAAAAAGCUCCGAGAAAAUCUUUUGACAUAUUUAAGCUUUACCAAUGGGAUGAAAUACGACUUUAACAAAGACAAUCCCUACCAACUAGGGAACUUCCAUUUCAGUGGAAGCAUAGGUAGCUCUCUAACCUUCCGAGGCUUCGAACAUAAUCGUAUGGGGGGCACAGAUAUGGGUUACAAGUUUGAUAAAAAAAAAGGAGAGUACGGAAUUUGUUACAAUUACAUGGGGGCAAAUUUCAUCACCAGCUUUCAAUUCCUCUGUAAAUAUAUCUUAAACCUACAGAAUGCCAAACCCAUUUUAUUCUUUUAUGCACAGGUGGGACGAUUAGCCAAUCAUUUUUUUUCUUCCUUUGACCAGCUAAGGAGAGAGAUGAGGGUGUCCACUGGCAUCGGGCUAAUGACGUACAUACAGAAGAAUAUCUCUUUGGAAGUUUUUUUUAAUUUUCCUCUUUUGCACCACUUGCAUGAUCGCACGAGGUACUUCCAGGUGGGCUUAAACUUUAGGGGGAUGUUGUAG